AUGAAAAAGUUCCUUUUUAAAAUAAAAGCAUUUUAUGUUAAAGACUUCUUAUUUAUCAAAGAAUCUAAGAGGAUAACAUUAAAAAUGGCUAUGGCAAUGAUACUUUUAGAAAACCUUUAAAUGUUAUCAGUGUAUACUAAUAGCUUUAAUACAAUAUAGUAUGAUCAAUUUCCUAAUUAAGUUCAGUCCUUAAUCAAUUAUUUUAGGUUAUCUAAUUAUCAUAUAUAUUAGGAUUUAUACUCUAUUUGGAAACUCAAUUACUGUACGAAUUGCAUGUAUAAUGGUUGGAUUUUUAAUAAAAUCCUUAAUUUUAUUAAGACUGCUUUAUUUAGUGUUAUGUUAAGAUUUAUAUCUAAAAUAGAAGUUAUCUCUUCAUGAUUUACCAUUAGAUCAAGUAAUAAAAUGAAAAAUAUUAGAACAAAUAAAAUUAUCAUUUUGAGAGAUGUUGGCAAUCAUAAUUACUUUCUUGGUAUAUUUAGAUUAAUCUUGAAGUUUUGUAAACACCAAUACUAUUUUGUGCUAUUAGUCUUGUCACUGAUCUAAUUGGUCUCAGUAUUAAUUAUUAUAAUGUAGAAAAUUUAAAUCAAUUUGAAUAAGUUGGAUUGUUUAUAAGCUUAAUGCUAAUUAUUUGUUAAAUACUUUUUGGUGUAUUCCUGCAUUUUCAUAAGGUCGAUUAUAGAAUAAAAGAUUAUGAAUUAUUAGGGAAAUUGUAAGGAUUAGAAAAUCAUAUUCUAUAUGGAUUGAAGUUAUUGUAAUAUAUGUGGUUAUCCCCCUAGUAUUAUAGUUUUAUCUGCAAGUCAAUCAAAUACAAUUGUUAUUCAAACUUUAGGAUUACUAAUAAAUAGUAUAUAGGCCAUAUAUAAUAGUAGAUAACUCACCUUUAUAGAUCACAGAAUGUUAAAUAUUGCUAAUUAGAUUAAUUGUCUAAUGUUACUUUAUUAGAUUGUAUUAAUUUUAUGUGAAUUUGGAUAUCCUAAAAUUAUAAUCAGUUAAUCUUUAUUAAUACUUUUCUUUUUUCCUUUGAUAAUUUUUGUGAUCCAUUAAUUAUAUAUAAGAUCAGAAUGGAACAUUAGAUAAAAGGAUUAGAAAUAAUAUUUAAGAAGAUUGUAUUUGAAUGCAAAAAAACAACUCUAAUUUAAAAAGAUGUCAUAACAUUAAGAUUAACGAAAACUAUUUUAAAUAUAUACAAUAGUAAGAAGCCAUUUAUAAGAUUGUAAAUAAUUAAGGAUGAGAAAAAUGUUAAAAAUGGCUACUUUCAAAUAAAAAUGUUUUUGUUCAACUUUUCUAAAUCACAAAGAAUCAUUCUAAAAUUUAGAGUAAUGUAAAGAAUUUUUGAAAUUAUUGUUGGGUUAAUUAUUGGAAGAUGAACUAAAGGAAGAUGCCAGUAUUUAGAAUAUUUUAACUUAUAUAUGUUAUCUGAUUGAAAUUAAAAAGGCAUCUAUCUCAGCAAUUUAUGAAAUAAUAAGAGUAUCAACUCUAGUAGAAGUAAAUAUUUGCUCAAAAAUAGCUUCCUUUGAGAUUCUAAUAGAUAAUACAUCAGCUUUAAUAGAAUUCUUUAUAAAAAUUUAAUUAAUUAAUAAAGAAGUAAAAUUUAGUUAAUCAAAUGUUUGAUUUUAAAAAAGCAUAUCUAUUUGAAGAAUCAUUAAAAGUUUUGAAAUAAAAUUUAUAUCUAAUUGUUAAAUAAGAAAUAGUAACAAUUUUUUAUUAUUAUUUUAGGAAUUCUAUGAAACUCUUUUUGCACCAAUCAUAGAUGCAUCAGUUCUAUAAGAUAAGGGUUUACUUUUAGUCACAAAUAUUAAUCAUUUAGAAAACUAAAUUUAACUUGUUUUUAGAACCAAUCCAUAAAAUGGAGAGUGUGAUACAAUCUACAAAUUAUUUCAAAAAUAUAUUAAUUUUAACAAAGUUAGGCCAAAAUUAUUUAAAAGAGAAGGACAAUUAAUGGCUGAAUUUAUUCAAUCUGUUGAUUAAAUAAUUUAUAAUUAAAAUAGUUGUGUGGUUUAGAUCACAUUACUCUAACCAAGAGGGAAUGUUAUUAAAUACACAAGAUCAUUUUAAUAAGUAAUAUAAUAUAAAGAUGAUGAAAUUAUGAAUUAAAACAUUAAAAAAUUUAUACCAUCAAUAAUUGCUAGUGAUCAUGAUUAAUAUUUGAAUAAUUUUGUUGAAACAGGAAGAAUUAAUGUAUUAAAAAGAGAAUUAAGAAUAAUAUUAGUAAAAUUAAAAUCUGAAUUUGUUAUUCCAAUUAAUACUAGAUUAAGAAUUGAAGUGAAUUCUUUAGAAUUUGGAGCUUAAGCACUUAUGACUCCAGUAAAUUAUUCAUAUGGUUAUUUAAUGCUUAAUGAAUAAGGAUAAAUAGAAGAAAUAACCAAGAAUAUAUAUGAGGAUAUAUUUAAAUAAUAUUUAAGAUUAGAAUUAGAUUUUGUAAAGGGUUUAGAUUUUUUAAUUAUGAUUCCUGAAUUAUCUAAAAUAUGGUAGAGUUUAUUUGAUGAAAACUUUGAAAAAUUAGACUUAUAUUUAGAAGGUUAAUUGAUGAUUCCAGUAAUAGAAAAACAAGCAGUUUCACCAAUAUGUCCAUUUAAUUAUGGGAAUAAAUUAUAAAUUAAUAAAAGACUUACUGAAUAUAUGAAGAACAAUUAUUAAAAUAUUAUGAAAUACUAAAUUAAUAUUCAUCUUACUAGUCUAACUACAAUAAAUCUAAGGUAAUAUUGAUAUAUAAUUAUAUUUAGAGUAGUUAUUGUAGAAAUUCCAGAAUAUAAGUAAUCUAUUAAUAAAUAAUAUGCAAGUUAAUUAGAAUUAUAUUAAGUGUAACCACCUAAAACAUCAGUGAAUUUUACACAUCAAUCAGACUUACCAACUUAUAAAUCUUGUGUAAUAAACUCACCUUUGAACACUCCUCCUCUAACUAAAACUAUGAUAAAUGAAUGUGAUUUAGAUUAUGAUAAUUUAAUAGAAGAAAAAAGAAUGAUAGAGGAAUUUAGAAAUUAAUUAGCAUCAGUUAAUAAUACAAUAUAAAAUAAUUCUAAAGAACCUUUAAUAUAGUAAUAAUAAUAAUUAUUAUGCGAAAAUGCCUAAGAAACUAAAAUUGUUAUUAUGCCUUAACAUAUAGUAUCUUAAAAAAGUGAUGAAUUUGAAUAAAAAUAAUUCUAACAAGACAAUUUCUUAUAAUAAUAAUAAUACAAUGGAUCAGUUGGAAGUAGAUCUUCUUAAAAUAACAGCAAUACAUUUAAAUUGUAAAUUAAAGAUUGUGUUUAAAAUAAUAAAGGAUCAAAUAUUAGGAUUUAGAUCUUUUUAUUAUUAUUUUAUUCAUUAUUAUUAAUUGGGUACAUCUUAAACUUUUGUAUUUUAUACUUCAAUUUUAAAAAGAUUGAUGUCAAUUUAAAUUAUGAAAAUUUACCUUAUUAAUUCUCUUAUUAUUAUAAUGAAUUUGUAAUAGCUAAGGUUUAUCUAUAAGAGAAAGAUUUUAAAUUCAAUCAAUUAAUGAAAGCUUCAUUAAAUUAUUAUCAAUAUCAUUAGAAAAAUGUUGAUGAAAUAGUAUCUCUUUUGCCUUAAAUUAAUAUAAUAAAUGAUUAAACAUUGUAAAGAAGAACAAUAAAUAUUCUUUCACAAAUGUUUGAGGUUUACGAAUCAAAUUAAACUAUAUCACUUUCAGAUUUUUUUAAUAAUACAUAUGCAUUUCAUAUAUUACUUGAUAAAUUUGAGGAUGCUAAUUCUACUUUACAAAUUUCAAGUUUGCUCAGUUAGUAUAUUAAUUAUUAUUAUUAUUUUUUAUAGCUUCAUCCUUGAAGAAAUCGUGUUAUUUUUACUAUUAUUCAGUUAUGCCUAUUUUUAUAUUUCAAUUCUAAGGAUGAAAAUAAAAUUCUAUAAAUUAUUUUGUACUUUUUCAAAAGACUUUGUUAAAGAUUAAUUUAUAUAAUAUCAUUCAUUGUAUAAUUAAAUUAAUCAUGCUAAAUUUAAAACCAAUGAAACUAAUGAGGAAUCCUUUGAAGCAUCAAUGAUUAGUUACUUUUAGAAGAAUUCAACCUAAGGUAAUUUAGAAAGUUAAGUUAGAGUUGGCAAAUAAAUUUAAACUCCAUGUAAUAUAUAUAUAUAUUAAUUUUUAUAGAGGUUAACUUAAAUUUAAUAUUAUUCUUUUUCAUGAUGCUUAUGAUAUCUAUUUUCAGUUCAUCAUAUUAUUUUGGAACUUAUUUACUUUAAAAAUAAGUACUUACUAUUAUUGAAGCAAAUUAAUUUUAAAGAACAUAUUAUGAAAACAUAGCAAAUCAUUUAAUCUUUGCUUAUUCACACCAAGCCUUUUUUUACAAUUAAACAAUUACUGAAGAAAUGAUUUAAUAUUAAGAUAGAGUUUUUAAUGAAUUUAAGUAAUUAACUACAGAUAUCUCAACAUUUAAAGAAUAAUCUAAUAGCAUUAUUGAAAAAAUAUUAGUAAAUGAAGUUUGCAGUGUUUUUUAAGAAGGAAUGUAAAAUUUUAUAUUUUUCUUAGAUUUUUAUAAGAUACUGAAUAUUAAGAUUUAUUUUCCUUGGAUUAGUGUUUAUAAGUGCCUUCACUAUCAAAAGGUUUAAUAUACGUUGCUUAAGAAUUAUUUUCCAUUUAUAAUGAUAUUGUAUAGAACACAUAGCCUAUAAAUUAUAAUGAAACUUCUAAAUUUUCCUUAUUAUUGCAAGUAGAUAUAUAAAAAGAAAGAUUAUAUUCACAAUUCAGUUUUUAAAUAAUUAUAGAAUUACUCAGAGAUGAAACAUAAGAUUUGAUAUCUUAAACACUUUACAUAAAUACUGUAAUGUUUGUAUUGGCAAAUCUUUUAGCAAUUUUGACCUUAUUAAUUGCAAAAUUUUCUAUACAAAAUGCUUAGAAGCAAUAUUCAGAAAAUAAAAAAAUAUUAACAUUAUUUCCAUAUGACAGAUUAAUGGAGAAUGCAUAUGUUCACAGUUUUAUAUCACAAGAUUUGCGUUUUUUAGCUUGA